GGUCUGGCUCUGUCGCCUAGGCUGGAGUGCAGUGGCACCAUCUCAGCUCACUGCAGCCUCCACCCGCCUCAGCCUCCCAAGUAGCUGGGACCACAGACGUGCACCACCAUGCCCAGGACAUUUUUUUCCUAGACCAGCCCUCGAUACCCUCAGCCGUCGCAAGGCAACCUCCAGCCGCCAGGGGCCGCAGUCGCGCUCCUCGCGGCCGGAAGAGAGUGCGGCCCAGCGCAGCCUCGGCGUUUCCGCCGUGCGUCUGCAGUGCUCCGCGCGCUCCUGACGUCCGGAGCCCCUGGAGUAGGCGCUUCCGGCCAUUCAUACUGCAGUCGGUCAGUGUUCGGUUGAAGGAUUCUUUGUGCUAUCGGACCCAGGGGGUGACGGCGCCGCUAGGAUGAAGCUCGUGAGAUUUUUGAUGAAAUUGAGUCAUGAAACUGUAACCAUUGAAUUGAAGAACGGAACACAGGUCCAUGGAACAAUCACAGGUGUGGAUGUCAGCAUGAAUACACAUCUUAAAGCUGUGAAAAUGACCCUGAAGAACAGAGAACCUGUACAGCUGGAAACGCUGAGUAUUCGAGGAAAUAACAUUCGGUAUUUUAUUCUACCAGACAGUUUACCUCUGGAUACACUACUUGUGGAUGUUGAACCUAAGGUGAAAUCUAAGAAAAGGGAAGCUGUUGCAGGAAGAGGCAGAGGAAGAGGAAGAGGAAGAGGACGUGGCCGUGGCAGAGGAAGAGGGGGUCCUAGGCGAUAAUGUCUCUCAAGAUUUCUAAGUCAUAUGGGAUUUGGGAUAUUUUUUGUACAGGUUGUGUUUGUUUAUGUCAGUUUUUAAUAAACAUAAAUGUGGGACAGAGCUGUCUAUUUAGUAUAUCAAAGUUUUAGUAGUUUCCUCCACAUUUACGAAAUUACCACAGUGAGAGCUAAGCAUUUCUACUGGGCAGUUUCAUUUUUAGAUGAUCAGGUUUUAAGUUUUUGAACUAAAAUUUUUCUUUUUCUUUUCAUGAUGAAUAAGGUUAAAAGAAAAGCCUUAGACAAAUUAAAUUUGGCAGAGUUUAAUUGAGCAAAGGACAAUUCACAAAUCAGGUAGCCCCUGAACCAUAAUAGGCUCAGAGGCUUCAGCCCAGCUGCAUAGUUGAAGAUUUAUGGACAGAAGGAAAGUGAUGUAUGGAAAAUGGAAGUGAGAUAGAGCAACAGCCGGAUUAGUUACAGUUCAGCGUUUGCCUUAUUUGAAUAUGGUUUGAACAGUUCGCUGUCUUUGGUUGGCUGAAACUUAGUGAUUGGCACAAGAGUAGGGUACCGUCUGUUUACACAUGCAGUUAGGCUACAGUUCUAUGUACUGAGAAACCUUUAAGCUGAACUUGAGAUAUGUAAAGAGACUUUAGGCUAAACUUAACAAUAUAUAUAGAAUAUAUACCUUCUACUUCACAUGCACUGAAUAUGCAUUUUAUUGCUUUACUCUUCAUUCUGUGGCACCUACCCACAGGGGAAGUAAGAAGUUCGUUUUGGUAUUUCGGAAACUAAAGUCCUUAUGGGAUGGAGUCUAGAAUUGAUUCUCCUUUCCUGAGUUUUACUCCACAGAGUCUUAGGUACCUGGUAAAAAGUUGUCUUCUAAAUUAAGGGUCAUUACUUUGUUGUCUAGCUGCUAAUGUCUUGUUUCUUUUGCUUUUUAAUCAGUUCUCAAUAGGAUAUAGUUUUAUGUUUUCCAAGUUAUAAUUUGGAAUUAAUGGUCACUAGAUUAUCAGUUAUGAGCAGUGUUAAAAUCUGUUAAUGUGUAAUGUACCUGUCAGUGCCUCCUUUAUUAAGGGGUUCUUUGAGAAUAAAAGAGAAAAGACCUACUUUGUUUGACAGCAAAA